AUGGCCAACGAUCCAAAUAAAUUUCCAAAAACGAAAUUGGAACAAUGGUUUACGAAAGCAAUCUUCAAUGAUCUUUUCCCGUAUGCAAAUAUUGGAUUGGGUCCUCAUUUGUGUCUUCCGUACUCUUACGAGUCUUUCAUCAUUGCUGCUAGAUAUUUUCCAGAAUUCGGAUCCGAGCUCCCGAAUAAGAUUUACACAGCUAAAGAGCAUUCUCGGCGUGACGUCGCCGCUUUUUUCGCCCAUGUCCUCCAGGAAACCGGGAAAAUCGAUCUCAGUCUUUAUAAUAACACCGAUUUGAGCACAGAAGAUGCGGAGGACCGAACUCAUCAUUUUUACAUCCAACUUUUCCCGGCUUUUCGCUCACUGAUGGAAAAAGAUGCAUUCCGAAUGGACGAUACUGGUGAACCGGUCACCGAUUUUUGGUUCCCAUGCAAUGACGAGGAGGAGACGCACGCAAAUGAGACAUUUCAUCGGGGAUGCUAUUUUGGACGGGGACCAUUACAGCUCUCUUGGAACUACAAUUAUGGUCAAUUUCAACAAUUUCUUCUCUCAAAAAAAGUACGCGUCGAUCUGUUGACAAAUCCGAAUUUGAUCAUAACAAAAUUGGAUCCACCAUUGGCAAUGAUUGCAAGCCUUUGGUUCUACAUGACACCGCAACCACCAAAACCGGCCAUGCACGAUAUUGUGAUGGGUACUUGGCGUGCUUCUGCGAAAAAUCGUCGAGCCGGUUAUUCGGGUCCAUCAUUCGGUCCGACUUCGCUCAUCAUCAAUAAUGAAUGUGGAGGAGAAGAUCAACAAGAGCCGGGAGGUCCAGGAGAGUCUCGUCGAAUCAAGGCAUUUAAAUGGUUUUGUAAAUAUUUCAAUGUAUCUGCUGGUGCAGAGCGAUCGCUGAGUUGUAAAGGAAUGUUGGAGGGUUUCGAACAAAAUCAACACAUGUAUUCAUGGCAACCAGAUUGGGGAAAUAUGUGGAGAAGCCAGGUUUGUGAUUGUAAACCGGCUCCAUAUGGCGGCCCUCUUCCAUAUUAUGAUCCAAAGAUUUACCCGGAAAGAUUCGCUAAAGAGAAUGAGCGAAAUCGAUUGAGAUGUGUGUAUAGUAUCUACAACAAUCCAAAAGUUUUCCGAGUGGACGAAAAUAACAGUCCCUGCCUAAAACAUAAACCAAAAGUGAAGCUUUAUAGAAAUGGGUAUAAAGAGCUU